UAUAGACGAAGGUCACACAACAGUCAGAUGAUUGUCUAUCGCUUUUGGUAAUCUCAACAAAGAUGAACUGCUCUUUAUUACUAGUGAUAUAUUUUAUUGCAUUUGUCAGUAGAGUGCAGACAUUGAAUAAUAGACCAAUUAUAGGUAUCGUGGCUCAGUCGACUAAAGGCACACCAGUAAAAGCCUUGGGAAAGUCCUAUAUCGAUGCCGCUUACGUGAAGUACAUUGAAUCAUCGGGAGCCCGUGUCGUCCCAAUAAAUACAGGUCUUACUGAUAAAGAGGUCGUGAAUAUAUUUCAAUCGAUAAAUGGAGUUCUCUUUCCAGGUGGAGAUGUUAGUGUAACAAAUUCUGAUUACGCAAGAAUUGGCAAUAUAAUUUAUAACCAAGCGAUGACAGCUUUUGAUAAUAAUGAUUAUUUUCCACUGUGGGGUAUAUGUCUUGGCUUCGAACUAUUAAAUGUAAUGGUAAGCGGCUCGUCUUCGGUUUUAUCUCCAAGCGACUCCGAAAAUUUACCAUUGCCACUUGAUUUCACUCCAGACUAUCGGGAAAGCAAAAUGUUUGCAAACAUUUCACCUCGAUUGGCAAAAUACCUCAGUACAGCACCAACCACAAUCAACUUACACCACAACUGUGUGACUUCGAAAACAUUUACAAAAGAAAAAAAAUUACGCGAUUUCUUUCGAGUGUUAUCCACCAACAUUGGCAGAAAAGGCACAAAAUUUGUUUCAACUAUGGAAGGAAAUAAAUAUCCAUUCUAUGGCUCGCAGUGGCACCCGGAAAAAAACCCAUUUGAAUGGACGACAGCCCUGAAUAUUCCCCAUUAUGCAAUGUCAAUUGAGGUCACCCAAUACAUGUCAAAUUUCUUUGUAAACCAAACACGGUUGAAUAGACACAAGUUUAAAUCAAUCGAAGAGGAACAAACACAUUUAAUUUACAACUAUUCACCAGUAUAUACUGGAAAUAUAUCAAACUGGGAACUUACUUAUAUUUUCCACUGACAAACAUUAAAAACAUUGUAUUCACUGCAAAUGUACAAAAUUUUAUGGAAUGUGACUCCCAUAAUCGGCAUUUAGUCGUCGCUAUAGCGUAGAUUUAUUAGGGUCUAACUCCUCCUACAUGCACAAUAAAUAACUGCAUGAUAAAUAGAAUGUACGCUAUGCCCAUAAUAUGAACAAAAAAUAUUGAUUUUUGUUUUAAAAUAUCUACCAAAGGUUGUUUUUCUUU